GCGGCGGCGGCGGCGGCGGUGGUGGUGCGGGCGCGGGAUGAGGGCGGCCAUUGCUGCGUGUCGGCCGCGGGCAGGAAGACGCUGAGGCCGGGAGCGGCCGGGCCGGGCCGGGCCGGGGAGGCGCCCAUGGCCAGGACCACCAGCCAGAUAUAUGAUGCCGUCCCCAUCCAGCCGGGCGUGGUUCUGCGCCCCUGCCCAUCCCCAUCCAUGGUGAGAGCACCGAGCGACGCCGCCCGCCAGGGAGCCAGCAUGGACGGCGCUGCCACGGCCGAGCCCCGGCCCGGUCCCCUCCCCCAGACCCCGGCCCAGCAGCCCCCACCACAGCCCUCUCAGCACCCACAGCCGCCGCAGCAGCCGCGCAAGAAGCGGCCCGAGGACUUCAAGUUCGGGAAGAUCCUCGGCGAGGGGUCCUUCUCCACUGUCGUCUUGGCUCGAGAAUUGGCAACCUCAAGAGAAUACGCCAUUAAAAUUCUAGAGAAGCGCCACAUCAUCAAAGAAAACAAGGUACCCUAUGUCACCCGAGAGAGAGACGUGAUGUCCCGCCUGGAUCACCCAUUCUUUGUAAAACUCUACUUUACCUUUCAGGAUGAUGAGAAGCUCUAUUUUGGCCUCAGCUACGCCAAGAAUGGUGAACUGCUUAAAUACAUCCGCAAGAUCGGUUCUUUCGACGAGACAUGCACCCGAUUCUACACCGCCGAAAUUGUCUCGGCCCUAGAGUAUUUGCACGGAAAGGGGAUCAUCCACAGGGACCUGAAACCAGAGAAUAUUUUACUAAACGAAGAUAUGCACAUUCAAAUUACAGACUUCGGAACAGCCAAAGUAUUAUCAGCAGAUAGCAAACAAGCCCGGGCAAAUUCAUUCGUGGGAACGGCGCAGUACGUGUCUCCAGAGCUGCUCACAGAGAAGUCGGCCUGUAAAAGUUCGGACCUGUGGGCUCUCGGCUGUAUAAUCUACCAGCUCGUAGCGGGAUUGCCGCCGUUCAGAGCGGGAAAUGAGUAUCUCAUAUUUCAGAAGAUCAUUAAACUGGAGUACGACUUCCCCGAAAAGUUCUUCCCCAAGGCCAAAGACCUCGUGGAGAAACUUUUGGUCCUCGAUUCUACCAAGCGGCUGGGCUGCGAGGAGAUGGGGGCCUACGGACCCCUGAAGGCCCACCCGUUCUUCGAGUCCUGCACGUGGGAGGACCUGCACCACCAGACGCCCCCCAAGCUGACCGCCUACCUGCCGGCCAUGUCCGAGGACGACGAGGACUGCUACGGGAAUUAUGACAAUCUGCUGAGCCAGUUCGGCGGCCUGCAAGUGUCCUCGUCGGCCCCCGAGGCUGGCCCGCCCCAGCGCUCCGGCAGCAACGUGGACCAGUACAUCCACGGCCUGGAUGGCAACGCCUUUGAGCUGGACCUGCAAUUCUCCCAAGACGAGAAGCGGCUACUGCUGGAGAAGCAGGCCGGCGGCAACCCCUGGCACCAGUUUGUAGAAAAUAAUUUAAUACUCAAGAUGGGUCCAGUCGAUAAGCGAAAGGGUCUGUUUGCCCGCCGCCGCCAGCUGCUCCUCACUGAAGGGCCCCACCUGUACUACGUGGAUCCCGUCAACAAAGUCCUCAAAGGGGAGAUCCCCUGGUCGCAGGAGCUGCGGCCCGAAGCCAAGAACUUCAAGACCUUCUUCGUCCACACACCCAACAGGACUUACUACCUGAUGGACCCAAGCGGGAACGCUCACAAAUGGUGCAAAAAGAUCCACGAGGUCUGGCGGCAUCGCUACCAGAGCCACCCUGACACCGCCGCUCACUAGGAAGGCCCCGGACUCCCCCCGCCCCUGGCUGCUAGACCUCUCCGUGAUCGGGCCCCUGCACCGGGCCCUCCCCCUCCCCCUCACCGGGCCCCCGGACGAGCCAUCUCAACGGGACCGAAAGCCUUCGUCCCUGUUGUUGCCGGUUUAUUUUGGGGUUUUUUUUUGUUUUAUUUUGUUUUGGUUUUGUUUUGGUUUUGUUUUUCUUUUUUUAAUUUAAGAAACAGACGAACAUCCAUGGAAUUCAGGGUUGCUUUGCUUGCUCUCUGGGCUUCUGUUGAGGCUUCCAGCCACCCGGCGCUGCAGUGAGCAUCCCGCUUUGGCGCCAUUCCGCCCGCCGCCGCCCAUGCCCCGUUCCUGCCCCACACUGGCGCCUGGGCUUUGGGCCGCCAGCUUCUCAGAGGAUCGUGGGAAACAAGUCCGUGCGCACUCGCCCUCCCUCCUCCUCUUCCUCAUCUUCCUCCUCCUCCUCCUCGCUUCCCGCCUUCCUUUUCCUCCUCAGUCACGUACUGGUGGGCCCUUCCAACGCAGCGGGACCCAGACCGAUCUGUGAUCUUUGCACCCCCUCACAUCUCAUCGUGGAAGGUGAUUUCCAUCAGGGGUCACUCGUCCCCCGCCGUCCAUGGGCUGACCCCUCUGGGGGUUUUUCCCUUGGUCAAGUUUGGUUUCUCCCCAUCCCUCCUGGCCUCCUCCCCAGCCUCCCUCCCUCCUUCCCUCCUGGCCUGCCCUCCAGCACACGCCUGGGACGCGGUGGUACCGAGCGAGAUGGCUGGAGUGGGGCGGCCGGCCGGCCUCUGCGCACAGCCCUGACAUUUUCUAAAAUUAAAAAGGAUCUCGGUGUCGGAGGGGCACAGAGUCGAAAACUGGUCAUUUCGACCGCCUCGGUCAGGGGCGUCGAAGCCCGCAGUCGGCUUCGGGGCCCGUCAGAGGAGAUGGGAUUUUGGCCCUUCCAGGGGACAAGAUGGCCAUCCCCGCUGUCAGUUAACUGCCAGGGACACCCAGGCCACGCUAUCACGAAAUGACCCUUAGAAGGCCCCAGGCUGGCUGUUAAACGGAGCAGUUGGGGGUGGCGGCGCCACAAAAACCAGGUCCCGAGGUGGAUGGAGCAGAGGGAACUCGGGUUCUAUCUUACCCGCCGCCGACUGUGGUGGCGGGGUGGCUACCAACGGCCCGCAGGUGUCCUCCCGGCCCAAAACCGCGGUCCAGCCCCUCCGGUAGCUCGGCGGAGAUAACGCCCUUUCCUUGAACUGAUUUCCCAAGAAGCGGACUCCGUUGCCAUCUCGGAGCCGGCCGGGCCCCGCAGGCAGGAGCCUCCGCCUGGAGAGAGCAGCGGGUACUCCCAGCUGGCUUGAGAGGGGCGGAGAGUCCACCCCCAACCUCCUUUUCUCCUCGUGGAGAAGGGUCCCGUCUGUUUCCAGCCCUCUUCUGAUUCCUAGGGUUCUUUAGGAAGUUGAAGCGGAAGGGGAGUCGGGACCUGCCGCAUUCAGUAGCCAUCGGCUCCUCGAGCCCAGCGGGACCGGGAUGGGACCACCCCCCGCCGGCCCCUCGGUGGACUGGGCGGCAUCCUCUUUCGCCCCCGGUGUUCGUUCAGUUACGUCGGAAGGAUUCUUCCCGCCUCCGGCCUAGCUGUCCCUCAAAGGGUGAACCCGGCAUCCCACCUGCCAGGGGUGCUGAGCCCCUCUCCCAGUCCAGCUUCCGGCCCGGCCCCCUUUCUCAAAACAUGGAUGGGCCCCAGGUGAAGCAUUUGAGGUCCAAGGGCCUCAGGGUGGGCCCGUUUGGCUCCCUCCGGCUCCCAGGCGGGGCGGGAGAUGGUUCAAGCCACGUUAUGGGAGUAAACGCCUGCCUGAGUCCCUAUCUCUCACGGGACAUAUAUAGGCGGAGUGGGGCGCCUCUGGGUCAACCGCCCUGUGAUUUCGGGUCUCAGACGCGCUGUGGCCUUAGGCCUAGAACCGCCUAUUGUCCAACGUGAACCAGAUUUUGCUGGCCAAUGGUUUUUGGAACCGACUUCACCCCUAUCGGUCUGGGCCCUGGGAACGUUUUGGGGUAGGUGGAAGUGUCCAUGGGGAUGGUGGGUGAGGGCACCUCCUCCCCCCGCCCUUUCCAGAGAUGGGUGCAAGAGGGGGUGUGAGGCAGGGGAGUUCCUCGGUUACCGUGUGACCUCCCCUCGGGGGGUGAGGUGGGUGUCGAGGGCUUCGAGUUCUCGUCACCCAGGGGCAAAAGCCAGACCGAGGCCCAGGGCCGGGCUAGGAGAGGUGGCCACCUGGGUGGCUCUUCUGUUUGCUCUGAGAGGAAAAAAAGCUUCGCGAUCCAGUAAUUCAUCCCGACAGGUAGCACUCCGAGAGCCGGAGGGAAGGAGCCAGGAGUCAUUUGUUGCCUGAAACCCUGGUUCCCACCCCCUGGCUCUCCGAGCGGGUUGUUAAUCCGGUUUCAUGUGUCUCUUUCCGGGCCGGCAGACUCUCGGGAAGGCAGAGCUGAAGGAACGGGUGUUUCGUGCAUUUUUUUUCCCCCUCUCCGCACUUCAUCAUUAGCCCCCCAUGGCUGGUGGAUUAGCUGGGUUGGAUCCCUCCAGGCUGGGCCUCGGAAUGAGGCCGUCUUUUAUAGCUCCUCAUUGCACGUGUCAGAUGGGGCUCAGGCAGCUGCACCCUCUGGACCUUGGCAGAAAGUUGUGCCAGACUUCCACUAGACUCCCAGGGCUUCUGGCCUCCGACCAGGUCGGGAAACGCUGGAGGAAAGAUCCGAGAUGGAUGCGGGUCAGAGCCGUGUGUCGAUGAUUGAGCGAGUUGGAAGCCGACCGGUUCUCGGCCUCCCCCGGAGGCCACCCCGCCAGGCGCCCCCACCACUGUAUCUCUAGGCCCAGCUCCGUGAGCGUGGUCGGGGGUUACCGUCUGGCUGGCGGAUCGGUCCCUCCCUUCACCAUCCUCACCCGGGGAACCGGUGGUGGAUCCUGGCACAUCGGGAAUGAAGCCACCGGGCCCAGAGACACGCUCCUCCGUCGGGGGAAAACGGUCCCGGACUACCGAGGGGGUGGGUGGGUGGACACCUCAUUCCGGCCAUCAGCGGGCAGGGUACCGGACUAGGCCCUUGGGAGGACCGCGGACAGUCGUGGAGAAAUCAGACCCACCCGGGCCAGAGGCUGGGCCCCUGGGCUCCACGGCCCCAGAGGAGCUGCCAUCUCCCUGAGGACGCUGAGAUCGGGGAGGGGUGUAGUAAGGGAAGUAGGAAAGGAAGGCGCCCCUCACCUCCAAACCUCAACCCAUCGAUCGAUAGCUUUUUGUCCUGGCAUCGGGCCCGUGCUCGAGCCCUUCCUGAAUCAACUUGCGAUUGUAGCGAUGCGAUACAUCUCUCCCCGUCUCCGAUCCCUUCCCCACCCCGCAUGACCCCAGCCGCCGAGGGUGCCGAUUCUCCCCCUUGCCCUCUGCUGGCCCUCGGAGGGUCCCCGCCACCACCCUUUACUUGGAGAUCCAUUGGUUCCGAACAGCUUGCCGAAGGUACUAUAUUUUCCAGACGCUCACCCCCGCCCCCACCCCGGGUCUCCGUCUCCCUUCUUUCCGCGCUCUCGGCUUGCCGAGCUUGCCGGCUUUUUUGGUGGGCGGGGAUGGCUCUCUCAGCAAGUGUUUCUGUGGUCAGAGUGAGGGACCCUUUCCCUUUGGGCACCUAUCCAGCGGUCACUCACCCAGCACAGCCCUGGGUAGACUCUUUCUCGGUAAGCGAUGGACUGGGUCGGCCAGAGCGCUCCAACUCCAGCCCAGCUAGGAAACCCCGGGGGGACGGAAGGCCGGGACUCCCUCCCCCCACCCCCCCAAUCCUCCACACCCUCUUUCUCUCUGACCCGUUAAUUUAUUUCUUCAGUCUCCCAAGAAACCCCUGCACAGCGAACCUAUUUCUAAAUAGGAGGAGGCGGUUUGGGUAGGCGGGACCCCAACUGAUGAUUCCGAGCAGAGGAUUCUUUUCCCCGCAGGCUGUCGGAUUGGAUGUCGUCCAACCCUCAGAGCGGGGGCAGUGCGGAGGCCGUCUCCCGGCCACUUGAAACGGGGCGAGUAGGAUGCGUUUUGGUCAUCCGUAAGCUGGCGGUGGGUUAGAGCCCGCGAAUUAUCCUCUACCCGGUCCGUAGCCGUGACUGGGGUGAACAGGCAAAGCAAAACGAAAAAACAACCAACCAACCAACCAGCAAAAGACCUUAUGGAAACAGAAGCAAAUAAUGCAAGGACAGGACACACACUUUUGUAUUUUUAUUCUUAUAUGAGGUUAUUUGCCGGCUCUCGUCGGCCUCUAGUUCAGUCUGUGUUAUUUAAAUUCUAAUAUAUGAAUUAUUUGGAUUGGAUUCAUGUUCGGGCCCCGUUGUUGUAUGUAUUGAUGUACAGCCUUGAAUGUGAAUAAUUAUUGUAAACUCUAUUUUACAACUUGUUUUCUGGCUUUGUUAUAUAUAAAUUUUCUAUUUGGUCCAUGAUUUAAUCAUAUCUCAUAAUUUAAUGAACCUUAUUCUCCUCUUUCCAAAUAUUUGUGCUUUAGAUGUAGUUACUGAAUGAUGACUUUUUCACAUAUGCUCGCUAGUCUUGUAAUAAAACGCAUGUAGGGUUC